AUGGCUGUGCCCCCAACACCCCUGCUAGACCUGAAACUUGACAAUGUGAUGCUGGAUUCGGAGGGUCACAUCAAGAUCGCUGAUUUCGGCAUGUGUAAGGAAAACAUCUGGGACGGAGUGACAACCAAGACUUUCUGUGGCACUCCAGACUACAUCGCCCCUGAGAUAAUUGCUUAUCAGCCCUAUGGGAAGUCCGUGGAUUGGUGGGCAUUCGGAGUCCUGCUGUAUGAGAUGUUGGCUGGGCAGGCACCCUUUGAAGGGGAGGAUGAAGAUGAACUCUUCCAGUCCAUCAUGGAACACAAUGUGGCUUAUCCAAAGUCCAUGUCCAAGGAAGCCGUGGCCAUCUGCAAAGGGCUGAUGACCAAACACCCGGGCAAACGUCUGGGUUGUGGACCUGAAGGUGAACGUGACAUCAAAGAGCAUGCGUUUUUCCGGUAUAUUGACUGGGAGAAACUUGAACGCAAAGAGAUUCAACCCCCGUAUAAGCCAAAAGCCAGAGACAAGCGAGACGCCUCCAAUUUCGACAAAGAGUUCACCAGACAGCCUGUGGAACUCACGCCUACUGAUAAACUCUUCAUCAUGAACUUGGACCAAAAUGAAUUUGCUGGCUUCUCCUAUACUAACCCAGAGUUUGUCAUUAAUGUGUAGGUGAAUGCAAACUCCAUUGUAAGCCUGGAGUAUAAGACUUCAGGGCAAGUGUAUGUAUCUAUUCUAGUCUUCCAGGAUUCAUGGUGCAUAUGCUGGCAUUCCACACGUGGAGAGCUUGUCUUAGAGGGCUUUUCUUUGUAUGUGUAGCUUGCUAGUUUGUUUUCUACAUCUGAAAAUGUUUAGUUUAGUAGAGUAAGCGCUUUAUCCAAUUAUAGAGGUACAAUUUUCCAAACUUCCAGAAACUCAUCAAAUGAACAGACGAUAUCAGAACUACUGUGUCUGAUACCAAAAUGCUUCAGCAUUUGUAAUUUUUAAAGUCAGAAGCUAAUGUUCCUGGUAAAAGUUUUUA